UACUCUACUUCCUACUCCGCAUGCCACCACCAUCCGCCGGAUUCUCACUUCCUUUUCCACCCGCCACCUCAGCCCAACCUCUGUUCUGCCCAAACCCACCUACCUAAUUCACAGCACUACUAUCCACAUUUUCGCGAAUCUUCUUUCCAAGAAGAAAGACAAACUCACCCCACUAUAGUCUCUCUCCUCCGCCGCAUCGCGGUGCUGGAAUCCGCCCUCCAUAGCCGCUCCUCCUCAUUGCAGUCCGUCCGCGACGCCGCUGCCCGUACCAUCCAGUCCUACUUCAGAGCCUUCCUUUUGCGCAGAUCAAGAACUCUUCGGCAACUCAAGGACCUGGCUUCUAUCAAGUCUACUCUCAGGAGUCUCAAAUCCUCAGUUUCUGAAAGAACCCAGUUCGAUUAUGACGCCAUCUAUCGUAAAGCUAUGAACUUGCUUCUCAAACUCGACACCAUUCAGGGUGGUGAUCCAAUGAUUAGGGAUGGAAAAAGCUCAAUAACCAGAGAAUUGAAUAGAUUUUUGGAUUCUAUUCAGGGGUUUUGUUUGGAAACGAGGGUGCUUUCAAGUGGAGUAAAUAUGAGGUACAGAGGGAAUGAUUUGAAAUCUAGGGUUUCCAGUUCUGAAAGAAAACUGGGCAAUGUGAAAUGUGGGGAUUUGAAGAGAGUUAAUGUGGAGAAACUGAGAGGUCUAGUUGAAAGAAUUGAUAAAUUAGCUGAGGAGCUUGAUGAGGAGCAAGGUGAAGUACUCCAAGUCCCUAACAAUGACUCUUUGAUAAGAAAACAUGCUGUUCCAGGACAUAGAAGUGGGGGUUUGGUGAAGGAGCAUAGUCGGUUUCAGCCCAAAGUGAAGAAAAAUGUGAGCUUUGUAGAAAAUGGGAAGGUUUACAGGGUAAUGAGGAGGAAUCAUGAGCCGUUUUUGGAGGAGUACUGCGAUGACACAAUUGAUAGGGACAAUUUGGUUGAUGCUGAGAAAGAGCUUGAGGAUGAUCUUUGUCGAGAAAUUGAAUAUAUUGGGGUAUCUUCAAAGGUGGCUGAGGAUGACGAUGAUGAUCUGGAAGUACGCUCGGAAAAUGAAGGUUCUUUGCCCAGCAGUGAUGAUGAGAAAAAUCCAAGAAAUUGCCCAAAGAGCAAAGGUAACUCUGAAAGGAAGCGGCAUGACCAGGAUGGCACUGAUGACUUCAUUUUCCAUGCUUCAUUGCCUGUGAAGAUGGAAAUAAGAGGUGACUCAGUCGACAAAAGGAAGAAAAUUGCUGAAUAACAUUUAGUCCAUAGCAGUGUCUUUCUUGCAUACGCUUGUGAUUUUGAAGAUAGCUAAGUAACAUUUAGUUGAUUAAAGUGUCUUGCGUAAUGUUGUGACUUGAAGAAACCAUGCCAGGUUGUUGUUUCGGAGUGUUGAAAUAAUUCAUUAAUUUGCACUUUGUAUCAGACAGUGUGGGAAGAAUUUGAUUUCAAAAUAUGAAGUUGGGUGAUAAACAUGUUCUUUU